AUCGUUGUAUGCUUUGUAUACAUAAUUGUUUAAUAAUAAUUUAUUUUUGUGAAAGAUGGAUUUUAUAGAUGAUUUUAUUGAAGAAUAUAAAAAUAAUCCAUGUCUUUGGAAGGCCGACUGUGCAAAUUUCAAAAAUCGCGCGAAACGUCAGGAGGCCUACUUGAAAUUAAUAGAAGUAGCAGCAAAACAUGGCGAACACUACAAUAUUGAAAGGACCAAGCAAAAAAUUAAUAAUUUGAGAUGCGCGUUCCGGCAACAGCUAAAGAAGAUUAUUGAAUCUAAGAAUAAAGGAGAAAAAGAAGAGCCGUAUUGUCCCAAGCGCAGAUAUUUUGAGUCCCUGAUGUUUUUAAAAGAUGAAGAGAACCUGGAAAGGAAAACGAAGCGUUGUGGCGUAAAUGGUCCAUCAAGUACGGAAGAUAUCGAAACAAGUGUGUUGGAACAAGCAUUCAACGCAGAAGCGAUCAUUGAACCGCAAUUAGUUAAAAGCAAACUUCCCCACAAUGUAUCAACAGAUAGUAUGGGUGAAAUAGAGCCAUCUUCAAAGUCGCUUUCGCAAAAUGAUUUAUUAGAAGAGCAAACAAUAGAAGAAAGUUAUACGGAGUUCAGCGACGAAGUUUACAACAAAAUAAAUGACCUGAUACCUUCCGAAAGAAAUAUAAAAGAGGCAAAAGCCUAUGAAAGUGAGAAGGAAACCACUUUCUUAGCGGAAUCUGAUAACUCUCGAAAGAGGUCUUCAUCUACAUCCUCCUUACUGUCAAAGGAAGCUGAACCUGCUCACAAAAGAGUUUUCAAAGUGGAAACUCCUACGAUAGAUUUGGAGAAACUUUUGUCUUUGACAUGUAAAAGCCAUAAUAACACAAUGGAAGAUCAUUAUACAAGUUUCGGAAAAAUUAUUGCACACAAGCUUCGAACGAUGGAUACUUCUCAAGCUAUUUAUGCUGAAAAAAUUAUCACAGAUGUUUUGUUCCACGGUCAGAUGAAAAUGUUAUCUGUAUCGAGUAUAAACCAGUUUUUAAAUGUUAAUUACUCGGAUAUGUGCGAACCAGUUCGCUGCAAUAAAUAAUUUUUUAAGUAUAAGCAAAUGACUCUCAUUAAUCGGAUUAGGCUUUGAAUUCGGUGCCAAAUUU